GCGGCCAUGUUGUAUCCGCGGGGGACUGAAGGCUGUUCGGAACCGAGUCUGUCUUCAGUCGGGGGGUAUACGGUGGGGCACUCGGGCUUGAACUCGUCUGGGCUUUACACCAUUUGAGAUCGACACUCCUCGCCAUGAGCCGUCCGUCCUCUGCGGGUGGUGCGGCCGGAGGACUCGGAGCUGGUAAAGCAGCAGGAAGUAAGCAUGGAGGUUCUGGAGUAACAACCGCCUCUGCUGCUGCAGCCGCCGCCGCUGCCGCGGCCGCGGCCGCAGCAGCAGCCUCCGUGGGGGUGUCGGACUCUGUCGCAGGCUCUGGUACGGUAUCCGCGGCUGCUGUAUCCCUUCCAGCCGCUGCCCUACCGGGACAGUCAGCCGAGCUGACAGCGCUGUUUGAGUGCCCGGUGUGUUUCGACUAUGUGCUGCCUCCGAUCUUGCAGUGCCAGGCUGGGCAUCUGGUGUGUAACCAAUGUCGGCAAAAGCUCAGCUGUUGUCCAACUUGUCGCGGCCCUCUCACGCCGAGCAUAAGGAACUUGGCAAUGGAAAAAGUUGCAUCUACUCUGCCGUUUCCGUGUAAGUAUGCCUCAGCUGGAUGUAUGCUGUCCCUCCACCACACCGAGAAGCCUGAGCAUGAAGAAGUCUGUGAGUUUCGCCCGUACACCUGCCCAUGCCCCGGGGCUUCCUGUAAAUGGCAAGGCUCCCUGGAGGCUGUCAUGCCACAUCUUAUGCACGCCCACAAAUCCAUUACCACCUUACAGGGUGAGGACAUUGUCUUUCUGGCCACGGAUAUUAAUCUACCAGGGGCUGUGGACUGGGUAAUGAUGCAGUCAUGUUUCGGGCACCACUUCAUGCUUGUUCUAGAGAAGCAGGAGAAAUAUGAGGGACACCAGCAGUUCUUUGCCAUUGUGCUGCUCAUUGGCACGCGAAAGCAAGCGGAGAACUUUGCCUAUCGCCUCGAGUUGAACGGCAACCGUAGGCGGCUCACAUGGGAAGCCACACCACGCUCCAUCCAUGAUGGUGUAGCAGCGGUCAUCAUGAACAGUGACUGUCUUGUAUUUGAUACCUCUAUUGCCCACCUGUUUGCAGACAACGGCAACCUGGGUAUCAACGUGACCAUCUCCAUGUGCUGAGGUGGCAGCGUAAGGCUUUUUCCAGUGACCCAAACCUAGGACAACCUCUGCUCCCUAACAGACUGCAGGUUCUGAAGGCAACGGCUGGGAGAUGUAUACAUUUGUGUAUAUUUAUUUUCAAGAGUCAUCCGAUAAAAUAGCACACACUAUCCAGAUUCACUAGUGGGUUAGUAUGCUCGACGGAUGGCAAGAGUCCUUCUCGAGAUGAAGCAGGGAGUGUGCAGGUGUUGGCUAUCAGUUGAAGGCAUUGGUGCAAUUGAGAAUUUCUUUUGCACACCCCAAGGAAACAAACACCUCAACUUUCUGAUUACACCUUUGAUAAAAGUUCAGGUGUUGAUGACCACCGUCACAGAAUCAAAAUGUUAACUUAGGAAGAGUCUAGGCAUGAAGGUGUAACAUUUGCCUCAGAAGCUUAUAAAACCUAUGUGUACAAAAACUGCACUGACUACUUUUUUUCGUCUUUGAACAUUGAGUGAAACCAUGGAAAUUGUACAUGGCAAUGUAUAUGGUAAUCCUCUGAAUUUCAUGGUUGUAUAUCGGCUUGAUAAAACAAUGCCCAUGGUGGAAAUGCAGUGUACAUGGUGGAAAUAAAAUACAGUUGCAAAAAUGACUACAUAGCCACCAUGUUUGUAAGGCAAGAAUCUGACCUCUUCAUUACAUUUUUUCCUUUCUUCCUUUAAAAAUAAAAAUAAAAAUACCAUUUCUGCUGUCAAUGUUGCAAGACGUAUAUAAGGACAAUAAAAAAAGUUUAUUUUGGGAUCCUCUGUUAAAACUUAUCCAGAGGAGAGAACUGGUUUGUGAUCAACACAGAUAUUGAUCAUAAGCUCCAUAAAAUGACAGAACUACAGCCAACCUUUUCAAAUGUUGUUACCCAUGAUCUAAUGCCACAUAUUCUUAGAUAUAUUUGUAUAUGAUUCUUGAUUUAUUUAUUUUUUAAAGGGAUAGUUGACCAAUAAAUGAUAAAUCUGUUAUUUAGUCAACCUCAUGUUUUAUAACACUUAUUUGUGGAGCACCAGUGGAGAGUUUAGUAGAAUAUCUUAGCUGUUCUCUUUUAGUACAAUGUACGUGGAUGGGAGUGGGGCGUCCUUCCAAAAAGGACAAAAAAAAAAAACACCAUGAACGCAGACCAUACAACCUGUUUUCUAUAUUGCAAGUCUUCUGUUUGAGACUGAAAUUUAAGGUUGUUGUUUUUUUUUUUUUUUUUUUUUUACAGAAAAUCUUUAAUUGUAUGAAAAAGAACAGCUCACACAUUUUGCUAGAUUACUCCUUUACAGGUUUCAAUAACACAUGGGUGAGGAAAUGAUAAUAGAAUUUUCAUUUUUGAGUGAACUGUUUCUUUUAUAUAGGUGUUCCUCCUCUGCUUUUUAGUGUACUUGUCAACAGUGACUGUAUGUAAAAGAUUUAGCCUGUGCACAAACAAUGUUAUUUUCUUGUUGAUAAAGUGUCCGCAUUUAAUUGG